AUGGUAGUUACACAAGAAGAAGAAAACGCAAUCGACGGCCUUAAGCCGAGAAUAUACACGGACGGCAGUAAGUUAGAAGACAAAGUAGGUGGCGCUGUCAGUGUGUGGAGAGAGGGUAAAGAAAUACUCAAAUCUACAUUUAGGUUAGAAAGUUACUGUAGUGUUUAUCAGGCUGAACUUACUGCGAUUCUUAAAGCACUUGACAUGAUGUGCAAGAUCAGUAAAUUAAAGAAAGCAAUAAUACUAAGUGACUCACGAUCAGCUUUAGAGUGCCUAACCGACAGCACGUCUCUCCAGCCUCUUGCAGUUGAAAUACGAGAACGUUUAAGAGAGUUGAAAAAUAAAGACGGUGAUGUUGAGUUCUACUGGGUCAAAACGCAUAUUGGUAUACCCGGCAACGAAAGAGCUGAUGAACUUGCAAAGAAGGCAGCACUGUUUAACAAACAAGCCGCAGUUUAUGAUAAGUGCCCUCUGUCCUUCGCGAAGCGACUCACCAGGGACUCUACCUGCAUGGGGUGGCAACAACGAUACAAUGAAGCUACAACAGGAGCAGUCACGAAGAUAUUCUUUCCGGACAUAAGACAAGCACACAGUACACUUAAAAACAUUAAACUAGAUAACGUUAAGACGCAAUUGUUAACGGGUCAUGGAGGUUUUAAGGCGUAUUUAUUCAAGUACAAAUUAACGCAGUCCCCAUCUUGUGCAUGCAGUAGUGAAAUAGACGAAACAAUUUUACACCUGUUAAUAGAUUGCCCGAGAUUCGCUAUGAAAAUAUUGGAAUGCGAGCAGAAGAUGGGAAUUGCAAUUAAUGAUACUACCCUAAAAUACGCUAUUAACAACGAUGACUGUCGGACCCAUUUCCUAAAAUAUGCAGAAAUAGUCGUUCGUACUGCAGGAAAAGCAAAUGGGUCCAAAAUAGUAUAG